AUGUUCUUCCAUCUCCAGUACAUUCAUCUUUUCCGCCCCUUCCUCAAGUACACCCCGAAAGCGUCACCGCUGCCAGCACAUGUAUCUCCCCGCCGUAUCUGCACGUCAAAUGCCAGUGCCAUCUCCAAGUUGAUGCGCCUGUACAAAAAGGUUUACAACCUUCGCCAGAUCUGCAACAUUGCUGUUUACAUGAUCCACUCCGCCUGCACCAUUCAUCUACUUAACCUCCCCGAGAAAACAGCCAAGCGCAACAUCAUUCACGGUGUCAAGCAGCUCGAAGAGAUGGCUGAGGACUGGCUCUGUGCCCGCCGCACUCUCAGUAUCAUCAGUGUCCUCGCACGCAAGUGGGGUGUCGAGCUGCCCGACGAGGCCUCUCAGGUCUUACAGCGCUCUGAUGAGAAGUACGGCACCGUCAGCACGGCCGAUGUCCCGUCUCCAAAUCUGUCUGUGGGCUCCGCCGUUGGUCCCCAUGGGUCCGGCAACUCGCCACAGCACAUCCAAGCCUUUGGAAGCGCAAACGUGGAAGGUGGUGGCGGUACCUCUCCCUCGGCAGCUGCGCGCAAUGCGGCAGUGAAGUCGGAGCAGCUUGUCGCUGGUAGCCUGGCCAUCACGGCCAUGCCGGGUCUGCUGGAGCAAUUCUCUCAACAGUCACCGACGUACCAGGAUUUUUCAACACCGGGCGUCACACCAGAGUACCUCAGCGGCCUCCCAAAGGCGAACUCUCCCAUAGCCGGCGCCGUCGCUCCUGUUUCGAAGCAGCCGUCGUAUUCGCAGAACACGGCCGGCCCUUCUGGCGGGCCGUCGGCUGUAUCUGUAGGCGGUUCUGUGCCCAGUGUUAGUACCUGGUCUAUGGACCCUGCUGUCACGCAGUCCAUGCAGGGCUAUGAACAUGCACAAUUGGCAUACCAUCAGCCGACGUCGCAGCCGGACAUGCCGUCCAACAUGUACGGUGUCGACGGGCAGGACUGGUUCUUGAAGGAGGGCGUCAGCUGGCAGCACAACUUUGAGACGUGGGGCUUCCCCCAGCAACGACAGCAAGGACCCGUGUCCCCAACCAACCCGCAGCAACAGCAGCAACAACAACAGCAAUCAGAUCGUGUACGGCAAGCACACCCGCAACAGCAAAUGUCGCGGUCGCGUAACCACACCCCGACGAGCACGGAAAACAACAGUACGCCCAUCUCGGACAGCAGUUUGUUUAUGUUUCGGGGCCCGCAAGGCUCCGAUCUCGAUAUGACUUUUGACGGUCUAGCUACGACGGGCGGAAACCUGGAUGGACUUGGGCCUGUCUAG